UCUUCAACCUAUCAUUCUGCCUAUCUCUUUCAGAUAACAAUGUUGUCUACCACGUGGUCAUCCGAUGAGUCCGCCGGUGAAGAAGGUCAGGGGUAUGGUGAUGAUGCGGCAUAGUUGUCUUCGUUAGUAGGGUCUUCCAUCCUAGGCUCUGCUGGCGAGGGAGGUCAACCAUUAGCGCGGGAAGCUACCGAAAAUAUUUCCUCCGCCGACAUAAUUUGUUUGUCCGAAGAAAUGAAGGAUGAAGGAGAAGUAAAAACAGAGAUUGACGCGGUUGGAGAGUGGAUGAAGAUACAGAUGCUCCUCCUCCAGCCAUUCUUGGGUAUGGUUGGUCUUCCCAUGAGAUCUCUUCGGCGCCAUGGAGAAAGACAAGGUUUUUCGUUGAUGAUGGCUCGAUGGAAGGAGGAGUUGUAGAAAACUAGAGAAGGAACAUCCUCCGCUGUCGUCUGUCCCCCACUCCCAAAAUCCGCCAAUCUUGCACGUACCGUAAAUGGUGUUUUGUGGUAGCUUCGAAGCCUCAACCUUCUUCCACCCUCCCGAGGUUGCCCCUCGUAGGAGUGGAGAAAAACGGAAGUCCUCUCGGGAACGAUCCGUAUCCUCACACAAAACGGUCAAGAGGAAAAUUCUCGAGGGACCUCUGAUUGUGGGCCCGCUGGACCCGAACGUGAGAAUAGCAGAUCGCCUUCAAUAUAAUCUCACUCCUGAUGAGAAAAAGCUUUUCAAAGGAAUGACUGCUGAUGAGGCCUUGGCGUAUGAACAAAACGUCUGAUCUAACCUUUGCAUGGCCUAUGUUGUAGGUGCGACCAAGUCCAUAAUGGCUAAGGAGCUAGAUACUGCCCGCCAAGACCUAGAGGCUUCCUUGAAGGCAAACGAGGAUCUGACUCGAUGCUUAAAGGAGGUUCUGAUGAAUGCGGAGGAUGAAAGGGAGAAAUAUGCCACUGCUCUGACCAAGGCUCAAAAUGACAACUGUCUGCUGCAAAGGUCCAACGACGAUCUAAGGUUGGAUCUUCAUAGGGCGACCGGGAAGAACAAGGACCUGGUGAAGGAGAGGGAGACCCUUUUGAGUGAGAAGGAUGCGCUGAUGGACGACCAUGAGAAACUGAUGGUUGAGAACAAAUUUAUGGAUGGUGAGAUUUGCAAUGAACACCUGCUUGGCUUCGAGAAGGGGAUUGCCCAAUGCCAUUAUUUCUUAAGGGUGUAGCUCAAUAACCCUGGUUAUGAUAUUAUGAAGACGUUGGUUCAUGGGAAACUUGUAAUUGUGUCCCUUCCUGCGUCUACCGAGGCUCCCGCUCUGCCCAUGUCGUCCAUAAUUGAGGAACCUCAACGUGUUGGGGUGACUGUUGAAGAUGUAGAUGAAGAGGCCGCCGGGUAGAGGCAUAACUAAUAUCUUGAUUUGUAAUAGGUCGUGUAGGAAAUAGGUCUUUUAAUAGCGCUCUCUAUUUUUUCCAUUCGGCUCAUAUUUUGUAUGGCUUCGUAAUUAAUG